AUGGACCUGGCUCAAAUACUGCAUCAUGCACCGAAACGGCGACGAUUGCACGAAGAAAGCGGAGAACAAACUCGAGAGGAUGGCAGCCAACAUAUGCUCUCCGGAUAUCAGGCAGCCUAUGAGCCUCAUAUGACAUCAGUGCAUCAAUUCAAUCCUACGGCGGUCUCCCAUAGCCUUUCAACUACACAGGGUCUAGAUGUCAGGGCUGCUGGAAACUCAACAAUAAUAUCCCACCAAACUAACAAUUGGGAUGCUUACAAUUUGCAGUCACAGAACACACCGUUUACUCGAACUCAGGAUUCUUGUUACCGACCCGAUAUUGCGGGCCAGUGGCCUUCCUUGGGACCAUUCGCCACUUCCGUGGCAAACCCAUGGUCUGCGAACUAUCAUAUGUCAUCUACGGCUCUAGGAGUUCCAAUUCCUCUUGAGCCGGCUGACGGCCAGAUUCCAAUGAUUGCUUCAGCAUUUUGUCAGCAAAACCCCGUUGCUGAAGCUCAAGGCUCUGUUAGCCUCCAGCGAUGUCACGACCCAAGCUUCGGAGAUACCUUGCCGCCGUUCAGAUUGUACGAUAGAUUGACGGCCCAGGACAACAAUUCACCCACUGGAAAUUCAUCAGUCCAGACGGCUUCCGAUGAAGGAAUGUCCGAGACUGUGUGCUUUGGCAUGGUUCCAUCCAUCCGUGCUAGAUGCCACCGAAAAGGGUCAACGAGUACUAUACCGUCACCGUUUGCAGUUCGAUUAGACUCUUCAAUUCAUUUUUUUGCUAAAGAUCACCCAGAUAUCUCUGGCCAGGUUUUAUCAGAGCAUGGGCAAAUGAUUCAAGGGCUUCUCGAUGAACAAACUCUCGACCUCUACAUUGCAUGCACCAUCGACUAUUCCCAGAUCGUUGACACCCAAAAGUCACCACGAAGCUCCUCACCGAUCUCAUGCUUCUUGGAGAUUACCUUAUAUGGACCUAUAGAGCUUUUCGACGAAAUCGGGACGUGGUUUGAGCAAUACCAAGUAUACCUACAAGAUCCUCGAGAUUGCCACCUUGCAGUCAGAUACUACAACCCCCAUCGGCUUUCGUCAGAUGAUAUUCGCUCUUGCCUUUUAGUUUCUGAAUUCAUGGCUCAGGGCCGUAAAGCUCUUCAGCUCGAAAGCAUAACCGAACGGCAUGACUUACUGGAUAUGUUGAGCAGCCACGAUGAUUUGGAAGAAGCUCGACAACCUAGUGUUGUAAAACGGGAACUCAGGAGACAUCAGAAACAGGCUCUCACCUUCAUGCUGCGCCGAGAACGGGGCUGGGCUUUUGAUAAUCAAGAGCCAGACGUUUGGGAGAUGGUGGACACGGAGCAAGGAAGAUUUUUCUUGAACCGAAUCUCCAAUGCCCACCAAUCCGUAGAACCUCCGCCAUGCUACGGGGGUAUUGUAGCAGACCCGAUGGGACUUGGGAAGACCCUGACUAUGAUAGCGCUGGCAGCAACAGACAUAGACAGCUACAAUGCCCACAUAGAUACGAACGAAGAGGAGCAGUUGAGCAUUCCGGCUACUCUUAUAAUCGUGCCCCCUCCACUCAUUGGAACAUGGGAAGAGCAAUUAUCCGAGUCUGUACUCACAUCUCCUUUAUCAGGUGUAUGCUUACAAGAGUACAGGCACGUCGUUGAAGGUGGUAUGACAUGCCGUCGGCACCACCGAGAAACUCGAUUGAGUUCCAUCAGUGAGCUUGAUGGUCUAAACAUUGUCCUGACAACAUAUCAUACGGUUUCUGCAGAAUGGAGCUUUGGAAAGGGUGUGGGAAGCUCAAUUUUAUUCUCCAUCCGCUGGAGAAGAGUUAUCCUUGAUGAAGCGCAUUUCAUCCGAAACGGUAAUUCGAGGAUGUCUCAGGCUAUAUGCGCACUUGAGUCCAGGGCUCGGUGGGCUGUUACUGGCACCCCCAUCCAGAAUCGUCUCGGUGACCUUGCGACCCUCUUCAAGUUCAUUCGAGCCCAUCCUUAUACCGAUCGAAGAUGCUUCGACGCUGACAUCUCUCGCCUCUGGAAGUCCGGUGAGUAUCAAGAAGCCGUUAAGAGGCUGAAGCGACUCUCAGCGUGCCUUCUGCUCAGGCGACCCAAAGGAACGGUCAGCCUCCCUCCUCGGCAGGACAUGCAAUGCCCUGUCGACUUCAGCCAGGAAGAACGAACAUUGUACAACAAGCUACGGCAACAAGCUAUCAUUAGUAUCGAUGAGGCUAUGCAAAAGGACCUUGAAGCCUCGAGGGUGGGCAUGUACGUCAACGUCUUGCAGCAAAUCGAGUCACUACGGCUGGUUUGUAACCUGGGAUUGCACUACCACAAGAGACACGACAAGAUAUCACGAGUGUCACAGGAAGUUGACAAUUGGAUGGGCAUGGCACAAAGGGCCUUCAAUGUGCAGCGCGAUAUGGGGCAUUUGGUUUGUUUGCAAUGCUCGUCGACGCUGGAACUCACGGAGGCACUGUUAGAGGACUCAGCUGUCCCACACCAGAGUUGUCUGUUUUUCAGCUGCCUGAGGUUUGUAUGUACCGACUGCACGCAAAAGGCAGUCCAAACUGUGGCAUGUGGUCACAACCCUCGUUGUUCCACGGCACAUGUCUCCACAAGCGGGAGCGCUCUUGAAUCAAGUUUACCUGAAAUUCAACCGCAGGUGACAAAAGUAUCCAUCAGUCUGCCGUCUAAGGUAGAAGCUCUUAUCACAGAUAUCAAAACGCUGCCACAGAACGAGAAAUGCAUCAUAUUUUCAACCUGGAGACUAACGCUCGACAUUGUCGAAGUUGCUCUACAACAGUCCUCCAUUAAAAACAUUCGGUUUGAUGGUAAGGUGCCUCAGAAGGAAAGACACAGUAUCGUGGACAGGUUUAAGACCGAUCCAUCAAUUCGCGUUAUGCUCUUAACGCUAUCUUGUGGAGCAGCUGGUCUCACCUUGACGGUAGCAACAAGAGCCUACCUGAUGGAGCCACAUUGGAAUCCAACUCUCGAAGAGCAAGCCCUCGCGCGAAUCCACCGCAUCGGUCAGACGAAAGAGGUGACUACUGUGCGAUUCUACGUGCGUGACUCAUUCGAGCAGCAAGUCAUGGAGGUACAGGAGUCGAAGAAAUAUCUCGCAGGCUUAUUACUCUCGCCUCACGAUGAUGGACAGGUGGAUGAAAACCUGGGAAGUCUGCGAGUUAGUGACCAUCCACUCUACCUACUUACGUUUGCUUAUCAAGUCUCAGAAAUUGCUUUCUCUGGUUCAGUGAAUUGCUAG